UAUGCCAACCGGGUAUCAGAAUAGUAUAAAACAAGCGAAUAUUGCUCUCCAAAAUCAGUUUCUAUUUAGACUUGGGCGAGUUAACAACUAAAAGAAAUAAAUGAAUAAAUUCUUCUUCUAAGAACAUUCAGAAAUUUAAUCAAAAAUUUGAACUUCGAGAUUCAACAAAUCAUUUCGCAAUGUUGUCAAAGGAUUCUGUUGAUGUCAGCACUGAAUAUGGCACAAUACGUGGCUGUAAAAAAGUUUCAGUUCUUGGCCGAAAUUACUUCAACUUUCAAAGAAUUCCGUACAUGAAGCCACCAGUUGGUAAAUUAAGAUUUGUGGACCCUCAGGAACCUGAAAAGUGGACAGAACCACUCGAUUGUACAGAACAUGGGCCAGCAUUCUGUAAUGUAAACUUUUUAACAGAACAGUAUGAAGGAGAACUUGAUUCGAUGCAUGUUAAUGUCUACACUGUUGACAUGGAUCCAAAGAAACCUCUUCCAGUGAUGGUGUGGAUUCACGGAGGUGGAGUUUACACUGGAAAUGCGAGAACUGAAUUGACCAGUCCUGACUAUUUAAUGCAAAAAGAUGUUGUUCUGGUGACGUUCCAUUAUCGGAUGGGUGUUUUUGGGUUUCUAAGUCUUGACGAUCCUUCUCUAAAUAUUCCUGGAAACGCCCAAUUCCGUGAUCAUGUAUUUGCUUUGAAAUGGAUUAAAAGAAACAUCGGAAGGUUUGGCGGAGAUGCAAAUAAUGUGACAGUGUUUGGCGAGAGUUGGGGCGGUGGAUCAACGAGCUAUCACAUGAUAUCAAAACAAUCAAAAAAUCUUUUUCAUCGUGGAAUUUUAAUGUCUGGAACAGCUUUGAAUGGAGUUUAUUCUCUUAUUCCACGACGUGAUUGGGCUUUACGAUUAUGUCAUCAACUUGGAUAUGAUGGUUCCAGUGAUGAUAAAAGUUUAUUGGAAUUUCUCGAGAAUGCUGACGAGAAAGAAAUCAUUUUGGCUUCGCCGAAGAUUAUGACAGACAAGGAACAGGAAGAAGAAGGUUUGAUCGUUCCAUUUGGACCGUGUAUUGAACCUUACGACAAUGGAAAUGCUUUCAUUACUGAUCACAUUAUUAAGAUGGCUAAAAAUUGUUGGGGAAAUGAAAUUGACAUCAUGAUUGGAGCAACAAGUAAUGAAUUGGGAGCUCUCGAUAUGAUGGCAAAUGUUGAAAGUGAAUUUAAAAAAUACAUAAACUUCAAGCGUUACAUUCCUUUUGACUUAGGAAUUGAUGUGGAUGAUCCUAAACGAUCAGAAUAUGCAGAAAGAAUCAUGAGAAAUUAUUAUGGUUUGUUGCAACCAUCGCGGAGUAAUUUGGAAGGCACCAUGCGAGCUGGCAAUGACUUUGCUUUAUGGCAUCCAAUUCAUCGUAUCGUUAAGUCACGUGAGAAUUCUGGCAAAGGUGGAAAAUCUUUCGUUUAUCGAUUUGAUUUCAAUUCGGAGAAUAAUUUCUUCAAAAAGUUAGCAAAAGCCGAGGAUACAAGUCGUGAAGCAUUUCAUGGUGAUGAUGUCGGUUACAUUUUUAAAAUGGAUUUGCUUGGACCAACACCGCCAGUUGACUCCGUUGGCUUUGCAGGAAUUCGAUUAAUGCUUUCAACUUUAACUGAAUUUGCACGAACUGGAAAUCCAAAUGUGAAUGAAUUUGAAAAUGUCGAGUGGCUGCCAGCAACUUUCGAUGUCCCUUUGAAAGGACUCAACAUUAACGAGAAACAAUCUAAAUUUAUUGUUUUACCAGAAGCCACAACAGUUCAUGCUUUAGAUAAACUUUACCACGAACAAAAGAAAGAUUUGUAUUGAAUUUUGAAUUUAUUGUUUAAUAAAAUAAUUGCUUAGCAAUGACGUUGCCACGCA